GCCACACACACAGGGAGCGAGAACAUAGCUACAGCUGACAGCGAAUGUUCUCGCGCGCUCACAGCGGGCUACUUUCAAAUUUCAAAAACAACAUUUAAAGUUAAAAGUUCUCGUCAGGAUGCGUCAUUGUUACUAUAUCCGUUUGUCGGCGCUUUGAUCAACACUGAGCCCGAGAUACAUCCACUUAACGGCUUUAACAUCAUCACAGAGGAUGGAGCGGCAACUUUUCUGAACACAACCCUGAUUUUUAUUUGGCUUGGCUUUAGAUAUGGAGAGCUGACAGGUGAAUGUGUAAAAGCGGAAGUACAACGACAAUCAACCCUCAGUCUCAGGGGCCAUUACACAUACACAUCAGGCAACAAGACUAGGACACAUCAACUAUUCUCAGAAUAGUCAUGGCUGCUUACGGACAGACGCAGUACAGUCCUGCAUUACAGUCGGCCGGCCCGUACGCACCGUACACACAUCACACACAGAGCUACAGCAUGACACCGUACAAUAUUAAAACAGAGGACGGUUUGAGUCAUUCACCUGGUCAGAGCAGUCUACUUGGCUAUACGUCAAACUUCAGCGGCAGUCCACCCAGUCAAGCCCUGUACAGUUACUCACAUGGCGGCAGCAUUUCUUCUGGAAUUUUCCAGGGUGCAAAUGGCAUCACAGGCUCAACACCAUUCAGUCCUACACAGCAGGACUUCUCAACAUAUUCUAGCUACAGCCAAAAUCAAUAUUCACCAUACUACAACACACACUACAACAGCCCAUACAUUACAGCCAGCAAUAUCACGCCAUCGGCAAUCACCACAGCGAUACCCUAUCAGCACACAGAGCAUCCUGCUGUAUCGACCAAUCACAGCCCGGAGUCCCAAACAGGAGACUACCAAGCUCCCACGAGUCCCCCAACUCCAGGAAAAGAGCAGGAAAGCGGUCCGGCUCGACGCAGCUCAGACGGAAAGUUGAGAGGCAGGAAGCGGGCGGGUGACCCCGUACCCCCUCUGGACUCUGACAUUGAGAGAGUGUUUAUCUGGGACCUGGAUGAAACCAUCAUCAUUUUCCACUCGUUACUCACAGGGACAUUUUCCACACGCUUCGGCAAGGACUCUGCCAAGGCUGUUUCUCUGGGGCUUUGGAUGGAAGAGAUGAUCUUCAACUUGGCCGAUUCGCGACUGUUUUUCAACGACCUGGAGGAAUGCGACCAAAUUCACAUCGAUGAUGUCGCCUCGGAUGACAAUGGCCAGGACUUGAGCAUGUAUAACUUUGGCACGGACGGCUUCCAAACGCCAGCGGGUGGUGGCACGCUCUGCAUGGGUUCGGGUGUUCACGGUGGAGUUGACUGGAUGAGGAAACUCGCCUUCCGCUACCGACGCGUGAAAGAGAUCUACAACAUCUACAAGAACAAUAUAGGAGGUUUGUUGGGCAGUCCAAAGCGAGAGGAGUGGCUUCAGCUGAGGCGGGAAAUGGAAGUUCUGACAGACCUCUGGUUGACUCAAGCACUGAAGGCUCUCGCGCUCAUCAACUCCAGACCAAACUGUGUAAAUGUGAUGGUAACCACCACACAACUGAUUCCAGCACUCUCUAAAGUUCUGCUCUAUGGCCUCGGAGGAGCGUUUCCCAUCGAGAACAUCUAUAGCGCCACCAAAACAGGUAAAGAGAGCUGCUUCGAGCGAGUGACUCAGAGGUUUGGUCGGCGAGCCGUGUAUGUGGUCGUAGGAGAUGGCGUGGAGGAGGAAACUGUGGCAAAGAAGAAGAACAUGCCAUUCUGGAGAGUCACCUGCAGAGCAGACCUGGAGGCCUUAAGUCAUGCACUUGAGCUGGAUUACCUCUAGAGAGCAGCGCCUGUCUCCCUCCACACUUCAGACAGGAACGGUCCACAGGAAUCACAUAACCAAGCCAAGAACUGCAGGACCGAUCAGCAGGAAAGGGCAAUCUUAUAGGAAAUGUUUGCGUCAGAUCAAUCCAAGAAAAACAUUUUCAUCUUUUUCUCGUGCUACACCUGAAACUAAAGUCUCGAUUCUUUCAUUAACUUUUUUUUCCUGUACCACAGCACUGCACUGAAAGCAAAGACCCAUCUAAGAUUAGUUGUAAAGAUAUGAGUCCUAGCAUUUGGGCUGUGUUCGGAAUAGCAUACUACCGUACUAUUUCUUCAGUAUGCAUGUGUAUUGUUCAAACUGGCAAGUUUAAACAUUUUUACACUAAGUUGGAUGAAAAAUGCUGAAUAAACAUGUUUAUGUCCGAGAUGAUAACUGUACGCCUCUCAUGUUAUGAGGUCAUGUGACAACAGUUUAGCAAACUACCGUUUGAAAUGUUUGUUGCAUAUUGUGUAACUGCUCAAAAAAAAAAAUAAUUCUUUAAAUUAAGCAGUGCACAGUGUAUACUGGUCAGUAUGUAGUAAUAAGUACUGUAUAUAGUAUUCUUUUCUGAACAUAUCCAUAGUAAUAUCAAAGACACUGUGUAAACUACCACCAAAAGAUUUGAAAGGUGUAAAGAUUAACAUAAAAUAAAGGAAAUAUCACAACAGCAACUACAAAAAAAAGAGAAUUGUGACUAUAACAUUUAGUGAAAAAAUUAAGCUGAUAAUUAAAAAAUAAAAAUAAAAAAAAUGAUUAUAAAUGAUCAUUUCUUUCAGUGUAAAAAUUAUUCCAAUUUGAUCGAAGAUUGCAUCAUACAUAAAAAUCAAUCAAUAAAUAUUUACUGAUUUGAAAUGAAUAAAAAGGAAGAUUUUAUUGUACUAAAAUAAGAACAACUAACCCCACACCUUGUUUAUAUGAGUACAAAGUAAUGUAAAUUCACCUAUUUUAAUGAAAAAAAAAAAAAAAAGAAUCCUGGAAUUGAUUUAUAAAAACUAACUGACCAUGAAAUUCGCCAAAAUAGCAACAUAUAAUGCUACUGGUACUAAAAGAAAAUUAUUUUAUUAAAUUAUGAAUUCCACAUGUCUAUUAACUGUCCUCAAAUGUCUCUGAUAUGUGCCUUGAACACCAUGUGGCUUGUUACUGGAUGUAUAUUUGAUUUCUGUUUCUUUAUCUUUGCUGGAGUUUAUAUACUGUAUACUGUAUGUACCAGCCUGAUCGUUCUAUGACUCGCAUGUGCUCUUCUCACAACCUGUUCCCUUUGCUAUGAUUUGUAUAUAAGGUUUUAUUGAUGUUUCUGGGCUUAUUAUAAUAGAAUAAAGAUAA